ACGGUAAUACUGAAGCGCCUGCCAGCUGCAUUUACUCCCAGCUCAGUCGAAGUUGACAGCCGAAUAAACGGGAAUAAUAAUAAUAUUCCUCCGAGGAAGGGAAGCAGGGUAGUGCCACCAAGCUGGCAAACAGUCCCUCUCAGCCAUUGGGACAGAAUAUUGUGAGUCAUCCCAUACUCCCUGAAAGGAGGGGAGAGCAAACAACCAGGGCUGGGGCAGAUUAAUCCUCUUUUUUCUUUUUUUCCCCUUCCCUUCUUCUGGUAUUAAGAGUAUUACAGCAAGCAGAGCGGAUCAGCAAGCCAUGCAGAUGCAUUCGUUUGGCAACAGGAGGUCCGCACCCUUUCCAUCUCUGGAGAAGUAGCUGACUUGUCCAAAGAAGAGCAUAGAGAUAGAAGAACCUUUCUGCUUUGAGGCGAUGACCAACAUUUGAUCCUGAGCAAAAGGGACGUGAACGCUGAAACUAUUACACCUUCUGCCAUUUCGCUUUGCCUCGGAAGAUCUGACAUGGGAAAGAGCAAACCAAAAAAGGAACAUUUUUGUGACCAUCUGUUGUCCCACUUUUGAAUAUAUAUAUAAACAAUAUGGAAAGGAUAUCAAAAACAUGGGAGCCAAGAAUGUGUUGAUACCAGUUGCGCUUCAUUUUUCCAAUCAGAGAAGCAUACAUUGCUUGAUUUCAGAAUCUGAGACUCUUUGUGUGACUCCAAAAGUAUUGUCUUGCUUAGGAGCAUCAACACAUGCACAUAUAUUGAAUGUGGAUGCACAUAUAGACACACCUCAGAAACAAGGAACAAGAUCUUGGUCUCAUUACUUAAUAUUAUUGUCAUUAAGCAUCUAGCAAGGUAUGGAGAACACGAAAGAAAGCAUUCCAAAGAGAGUUUUUAAAAAUGCACUUUUAUUGUUCAUUUGACCAAAAAUACAUAUGUACCUAAUUACAGUAGAUGUCAUGGGAGAAAAGUAACUUUUCAAAUAAGUAUAGGGUUUCAUUCCUUGGUCAGCUUGCAUGAAGCCAGAUCCAUAUUUUGUGUUCAUCAACAAUGUGGAAAUACAUUUUUUCACAAAUAUCAAAUAUUUGCUCUGGACUCUUUCAAAGAAAGAGCCGAGUAAAUCGCAGAUACAUUGGAUGAACAUUAACCAGCGUUGAUAAUGAGCUUGAAUGUUGAAAACAUCUCCGUCCCUGCCUGCGUCAACUGCACCCAGACUGUGGAGGAAGUCAACGUUUUGAAGGCCAUAUUGCUAGGCGUGAUCUUUGGGGGUCUCAUCAUUUUUGGGGUCCUGGGCAACAUCUUGGUGAUCCUUUCCGUCGCCUGCCACAAACACUUGCAAAGCGUAACCCACUACUACAUUAUCAAUUUGGCGGUGGCCGACCUUCUCUUGACUUCCACUGUCCUCCCCUUUUCUGCUAUUUUUGAGAUAUUUGGCUACUGGAUUUUUGGGAGGAUCUUCUGUAACAUCUGGGCAGCUGUUGACGUUCUUUGCUGCACUGCUUCCAUCAUGAGCCUUUGUGUCAUCUCUAUAGACCGAUACAUUGGGGUGAGCUAUCCGCUAAGGUAUCCGUCCAUAGUGACUGAGAAGAGGGGUCUCCUAGCUUUGCUGUGCAUCUGGGUGUUGUCACUCGUUAUAUCUAUAGGUCCCCUCUUUGGUUGGAAACAACCAGCUCCAGAAGACGAGAAAAUCUGUCAAAUCAACACAGAUCCUGGUUAUGUGCUAUUCUCUGCUUUUGGAUCUUUCUACCUCCCUUUGAUCAUCAUACUGGUGAUGUACUGCCGGGUGUAUGUGGUGGCCAGAAGGGAAAGCAAAGGACUUUCUUGUGGCCUGAAGACCGAGAAGUCCCAUUCAGAAGAAGUUACCCUCCGUAUCCAUUGCAAAAAUGCAACAGAAACCACUGGAUCUACCCCCAGCACCAAGCACAAAUCCCAUUUUUCCACGAGGCUGCUGAAGUUCUCCAGGGAAAAGAAAGCCGCGAAGAGCCUGGGAAUCGUUGUGGGAUGCUUCAUCCUGUGCUGGCUUCCUUUCUUUUUAAUCAUGCCUAUCGGUUCGUUCUUUCCGGAGAGCAAGCCCUCGGACACUGUUUUUAAAAUUGCCUUUUGGCUUGGCUAUCUGAACAGCUGCAUCAACCCCAUCAUCUACCCGUGUUCGAGUCAAGAGUUUAAGAAGGCAUUCCAGAAUGUCCUCCGAGGCCGGUGUCUUCCACGGAGAUACUCGGCCAACAAAUACUCCCUGAGCUUUAACCACCACCAUCCGAGCAACCACGUUGCAGAGACUCCGAAAGAUGUUGUCUGUAUUCCCGUCAACUCCGGAGAGAACUUCUACAAGAUUUCCAAAUCAGAUGGUAUCUGCGAGUGGAAACUUUUUUCGGCGGUGCAAAGCAUGUCGACCAAGAGCGCGAGCUCUAAAGACAAGGCCAAAGUCAAGAGCAAAGGUUUCCUGCGGGUAUGCUGCUGUGCUGGCACAUCAGGAAACAAUCAUCCGAAGGGUCAGAAAGUGCCCACUAUUAAAAUACACACAAUCUCUAUCAGUGAUAAUGGAGAGGAUGUCUGAAGUUGCAUGUCCUUCCUGUAGAACUGGCUGAGAUUCAUAGACUAUGAGGAGAAGACUAAGAAGAACAAGCCAACCGAUGGAGAAUACUGAUGUGCAGAGACUUUGGGCCAAACCCCGUCUAGGUUGAAUUCAGUGGAAAGCAUGUCCACCAAAGUGAUAGAAAUCGCACUGGAAUCUGUGGACCCAUUUCAGGCUGGACUCCUUAAAAUGAUGCUGAUUGUUGACGGCUUUCAUGGCCGGAAUCACUGGGUUGUUGUAGGUUUUUUCGGGAUAUAUGGCCAUGUUCUAAAGGCAUUUUCUCCUGACGUUUCGCCUGCAUCUAUGGCAAGCAUCCUCAGAGGUAGUGAGGUCUGUUGGAACUAGGAAAAUGGGUUUAUAUAUCUGUGUAAUGACCAGGAUGGGACAAAGGACUCUUGUCUGUUGGAGCUAGGUGUGAAUGUUUCAACAGAAAGGAGGAAAACAUGAAAAUGAACAAAAUCUGGCUACCAGUAUUAAAAAUAAACUCUAAAAUUAGAAUAGCACAACAACAGAGAGGAAACAAACAAGGACAUCUAAUCAUCUCUCAACAAAAGAUUGCUCCAGGCACUGUCAGGCCAUUAUAUGCUAAUCAAGGUGGUCAGUUGAAACAUUCACACCUAGCUCCAGCAGACAAGAGUCCU